ACAUUUCAUCUCAAAUACAUAAUUGAUUUCAGAUAUAUAUUUUUUUACCUUUCCAAAUUGGAGGUUCAAGAAGAAAUGAGGUUAUAAAAACUGAGAGAAUGCACAGAUUGUAGAAUUAAUUUUGUUGUUGUUUGUGUAUUGAGAAGGAAACUUACAUCUACCAACCCAUAUAGAAUAAUAAACUUGCUAUAUUAUAGUACAAUGAUAAUUGAGUUGAAGUAUAAGUGUAUUGUCAACCAUUACCUUGCACAUUGAGCUAUCAAUAAAAAAAAAAGGUAAUGGACUUCCUUGGCGUGGGGAACAAGAAUAUCGUUAAUAAAUUUUAAAUACUGCUUUAGUCAGACUCUCGAGAUUGGUAACGUAUAUAUAAAAACACACUACUUGCAAGGUCAACAAAAACAUUACCAAAUACAAUUCAACCCAACACAAGAUUCCAUCACUUAUAUCAAAGAGUAGACACUUUCUGUUUAUAUCAUUUACACAACAAACCGAAGAGAGGCUAUGGAUAAACGACGUAAAUGCAACAACAAAGUCUCCACUUGUCUUGGUAUUGAUACAGACAACAAAGUGAAGAAACAUGACUUAGAAGCUGAGAAGCGACUCAAGAAGGUGGAGAAAGAUUAUAUCCACGCAAGCCAAAAGUAUGCAGAAGCAACAUUACAGCGGUGGAACUUACGCUGUGAGAGAGAACGUGCUAUCAAUCUCUGCUGCUCGGCUGAAAACUUCAAGAACUACUGCAAUCAGCUAGUAGAAAAACUUCAGAAGAUUCUUGACAAGCUACCUACAUCAGAAACAAAGGAAGUCAUCGAUCAUGGCGUGCAAUCCUCGAUUUUCAGUGAUUUUCGAAAGAUUAACGGAGAGGCACGCUACUAUCAAAGAAAAUUGCCAAGGAUUAACAGCAGAAAAGCUGUAAAUGAUCUUCGUAAGGAGGUUAGAAAGAAGAAGACGUGUAGAGACAAAGCUGUUUCAAAUUUUGCAUCGGUUUGUAAUCCCACAAGUCAUGACAGUUUGAGAAAAUCUGUGGAGCAGGAGAUAGUUGUUGUAAAGAAGCUGAUAAGAGAGAUCCAAAAAGACUUUGAAGAAAAACUGCAUAUAGAGCAAUAUGCAAUAAAUGUAUAUGAAUGCAUCGAACGGAAGGUGAAGCAUUUAGAGGUGAAAAAGGAACACUUGUCGGGGCAAAGGGACAUCUUGAGGCUGAAUAUAUCAAAAAUGAACACGAUUGUGACUGUUUUGCCGCCUAAGCGGGGCAAAAAAAACACAUCUUGAUGCUCAAUAUUUAAAAAAGAAACAUGCUUAUGAUCUAUUUGCCGUCUAAGUGUACAUUAAUAUUUACCAUUGGGUUGUGAUAUUUUAAGAUGGGGCUUGGAGUGUAUAUUUCACUUUUUUUCUAAACCGUUCAUCACCAAAAUUUCACUUGUAUAGUUUCACUGCGACAUGUACAUCCAAAAUAAUUGUCUCUAGUCUCAGCAGAUCGAAAGAUAAUGACAAUAUCUUGUCACAGCGUUGCUUGGAAGUCGUUCUUUGAGACUUGAACAAAUGAAAGAUGGACUAAGUGUUGUAAAUGAGAUGAUACCAUAGAAAAUACAAUUAAAAUGUAAUGGCUGAGCCACACGACUGAUAUAUAAAGAAGGGGAAGUUCAUUAUCAGAGUUAGCAGUUUGAACUGGACCCCCUAGUUAACAUAAAACUUCACUUGACUCCUAUGAAAUGAAUUCACUGAGACGCAAUCGAGACUGCACAUCAAUGCAUUUUAUGUUCCCUCAAACCGUACCGGCUUUAAACUAUAUUUGGACCUUUGGACAAAUUUUUUUUAAUGUAUUGGUUAAACAUAAUAUUUUGGACCUUUGUUGUACGAAACAAACAUAAAUAUAAAUUUAUCAAUAAAUUUAGUUAAUUUUAAGAUGGACCCAUGGCAUGUGCCAUGUUUGCCAUCCCCUAGAACCGGCACUGCCCUCAAAUAUCUCUCUUGGCAAUCCUCAGCUAUUUGAUCGUCAAGUUAUUAUAGUUUACUUAAGAAAAAUGAAAGUAUUGAUGGAGACAAUGAUGUUUAGACCAAUCUAAUUAACAUAUUGAAAAACAACAAAUAGCAUAAGUAUUUUUUUUCUUCC